ACCCUUACUUCGGGAUACAUUGAAAGAUUUUCAAAAUAUCCGAUCAUUCAAGGCGAUGCCUGGCACCAAACCCGGUGAAAACUAUGCCACACUUAUGCUACGCAUAACACUCGAAGUGCAACUAAAAGGUUAGUCAGCAUAGAAGCACAAGCCAAACUGUGUCCUACAUGAUGAAACUCCCGCACGUUUCAGCGGCCUACCAAGAAACCUGGGGGAAGAAAAAGUUCAGCGUGUUCGACAUCGAACGGGACAUGUUCAUGAUAUAUGUGGAAGAGUUCAAGCAGCUCUAUUGCGAUGUUGGCUUAGAGGUUGAGUUUGGGGCGAAGUGUUUUAAGCUCGAUACACCGAAUGAAUAUGUGCUGCUAGAGGAUCUACGACCUAGGGGAUUCCAAUCAGUUGAUCGCAAAGCUGGAGUUGACGAAGAACAUAUUCUGUCGGUUCUCACAAAGCUGGCGCAAUGGCAUGCCGCUUCGGCUGUUCGGGUGGAAGCAAAGGGAAUCUACCCCAGUCAUAUAAGUGACGGUCUUUGUAAUGAGGAUGGCAAGCACUUGCUGAACAAAAUGACUGAUGGCAUGGUACCCUAUAUAUUAAGAACUCUAUCAACAAUGGAGGGGCUAGAGGCGUGCUCUGAGGAUAUAAAAAGCUUGGCCGGUAGCAUAACCCGAAAAAUUCUCCAAGCGGCAGUCGUGGAUCCAGAAGAGUUCAAUGUAUUAAACCACUCUGAUUGCUGGCUGAGCAACAUAAUGUUUCUCUAUGAAAAGCAGACGGGAAAGCUUUUGGAUUCCUAUCUGGUUGACUAUCAAAUGUGCAAAUAUGGAAGUGUUGCAUUUGACUUGAUUUAUUUUCUGUUAUCGUCACCGAAGCUGGAGAUAAGAAUAAACAAAUUUGAACACUUCGUCAAACAGUAUUACGACCAGCUGAUAAAGCAUCUGAAGCUAUUGAAUUACAGAAAAAGAUUGCCUAGUUUAAUAGACAUACAUAAAUCCCUCUUCAAGAACGGUAUUUGGGGGUAUUUCGCGGUGUGUGGUGUGAUGGCAGGCUCUGCAUUGGAAGCCACUGAAACAGCCAGUUUUGAUAACUUAUUCUCCGACACCCCAGAGGGUGAUGCUUUCAGAACAUUGCUUUACUCAAACAACAGCUUCAAAGAGCAUUUGAAGCUAGUUCUGCCUUGGCUAUGUAAUCGCGGUGCUCUGCAAAAUAUAUAA